AUGAUUCCAUUGGCCUCUACUCAUCAGAGAAACCCUAACAAUCUCAGAGGGAAGGCGUGGCGAUACUUGUUCGGCUUCAUCCAUGUGUCAGUUUGUUGCCUUAUCUUACGACUGAGUCUUCCUCUUCCAGAUGAGUGCCGUUUCCAGUCAUACUUCGAAUGUCCAGCCACCUUCUGUCUAGCCCUCUACAUGUCGUUCAACUCUUCAGAACUGAACUCACUCUCGACUUCGUCAGCUCUCGAGGCAGCGAAGCGCGAACGUCGCCAUUCACGCAAACUUCGAACACUCCUCAAAAAGGUCCAUGUAUUCAAGCAUAACCAUCUCAUCUAUAAGACAUGCUUUGGCGCGAUUCAUGUGAAGACAGCCACCUGGUUUGUUGGAUUCAAUGCUCUCAUCGUAAUUUGUACCGCAUUAUUCUACUGCAUUUUUACUUCGCAGGAGCAACGGCGCCCAAAGCUAAAGUUAUAUGCGAUACCAGUAACCGCCAUGGCAGUCUGUUUGAUGUUCCUAUUUGUUGGAAUGAUACAGAGGAAGCCAAAACAUCUUUAUCCCUUUAUUGCUCUUCAGGUUGUCACCGCCUUUGCCACUGCUAUCACCAUGGGAAUGAUCAGUAUCUCUGUAGCUUGUAAUACAAAAUACAUUCUCCGUCAUCUUGUCGAUGUCACCGUAGCAGAAACCCAGUACAAGCGCUCCGCCCUUGUCCUUCUUUCGAUACUCGGCUCUACGCUAUUUCUACAACUAUGGUAUUUACGCAGUGUUUGUAACUGCUUUCGAUACUUCACGGAUAUUGAGCGAUUCAAGCAACUGAAAGAACAAGGUCUAUACACUUAG